UAGGGCAAUGGGGGGCGAGGCGCGAGGCGACCAGGACGAAGCGGAGGACGAGGACGAGGAAGACGAUGUCGAUUUUGAUCCUUCGCUGCCAGGUAUUGCGUCCGGUGUGGCCGGCAGUGAAGAAGAAGGAUGUGUCGUGGUGGAUCACGAUAAUGCGGAUGACAAGGAGGAAGAUCAGGGGUUUCUCGAGUUGGGAAGCGACGAGGAGGCGAUUCUCGACUACCUGAGCGAUGCCGAAUGCUCGUCGCCGCACGAGGAUGAACUCAUGGGCAAUGCGCUGGAGGCUCUUCCCGAGCUCCACAGCCCGGCUCACGAGGAGAACAAGUACGCGCUCGAGAGCGGGGUGGCAUCUACCAGCGCCGAGGACGAAGAGACCGUAAUGGAUGCUAUAUCGAAGCGAACGCGAGCUCACUACUCGCUGGCGGACAUGACAAUGGAUCAGCUGGAGACUUUCUUGCAAGAGUCGGACGAGGACGACUACUUCCACAAUGUGGAUGACGAGGAGGAGUACCGGAAGUUCCUUGCGGCAGUGGCCCAGCCAGACGAGGGAGAAGGGACGCAGGUUGUCAAGGACGACGAAGAUGAAGAUGAUGAGGACUUUGAGCUUGAGAUCGAGGAGAUGCUGGAGAGUGAUACCGAGCAGUCUCAAAAGGAUAAGCUUGUGGAAAGAAGGCCAGAAACGAGGGAGAAGAGACGCGAAAAGAUGCGAAACAGGGAGCGGCCUCUCGGUUUCACCAAGAACCCGCUAAGGCCGCUGGUUCCUUACCAUGUUGUUUCUUCGGACGUGGCUGGGGAGAGCUCGAGCGCCCGGCGGCCCGAAAGCUGCUUCUCAGCCGCUCAGAUCGGACAACUCCACUCCCUUAUUCACGAGCAUGUCCAGCUGCUGGUUCAAGUAUUCUCGCUAUGCAUAUUGGAACCAUCUCGGCAGCAAGUAGCGAUCGAUACCCAUCGAAUGCUGAUGGAGCUUGUCAACAGGCGCUCCGCUUCGUUUCGCAAGCUUCCGUUCCCGGACUUUUGUUUCCAUCCUCCUUUUAUUCGCCCGUCUGUGGACGAUCGACAGCUGGAAGAGCAGAGCAUCACAGGAGUGAGAGUUUGGUGUCCUUUUAUUGCUGGGCCAGUUCACUCGGUACUCUCUGUUGCUCCGCUUGAUCACGUCAAAGAGUUUCUGGACGAAGUUGCAGUCGCUGUUCAGGAAUUUAGGCAGCGGCACGUCCAAACAGGCGCUUCUAACACCCGUUGUGUUAGAGAGCCGUUGUUUCCACUCCCUGAUAAUUUGCAACCGAAAAACAGUUCAAGGCCUUCAAAUCAGUCUCAAGUGAAGAAGUCACUGGCGGCACUACUUGUCGAGAACACUAAAAAGCAGGUUAUUGCUCUAGUUCCUAAAGGCAUUGUGGCAGCUGCUCAAAGGUUUCUUCCGUUCUUUAAUCCUGCUCUGUAUCCUCAUAAGCCGCCACCUGCUGCAACGGCCAACCGUUUGCUCUUCACGGACGCAGAAGACGAACUACUUGCUAUGGGGCUUAUGGCUUUCAACACUGAUUGGAAUGCCAUACAGCAACGUUUUCUUCCUACGAAGACCAAUCACCAGAUUUUUGUAAGACAAAAAAAUCGGAGCUCAUCGAGAGCUCCAGAAAACUCUAUCAAGGCCGUUAGGAGGAUGAAAAAUUCUUCGCUAACAGUAGAAGAGAAAGAGACUAUCCAGGAGGCCUUAAAAUGUUUUAAGUACGACUGGAAUAAGGUGUGGCAACAUGCUGUUCCUCAUCGCGAUCCUGCUCUUUUGCCGCGCCAAUGGCGAACAGCAAUCGGGACGCAGAAGUCCUACAAAAGCGAUGAAGCAUCUAAAACCAAACGGCGGCUACAUGAAGCGAGCAAGCGUCGAAUGAGAGCGUUGCAAAAGAACGCAGCAGAAUCGCAAGAGGAUGGAACGGAUGCACUUGGGGAGGUUACUAACAGUGACGACGAUGGUGGAGAUUGCGAUGACACUCAUAUUCAUCAAGCUUUUAUAUACGACUGGAGAGUGGAUGCGAGAGUGAUAGAUAGUCCGGCAACACAAGGCCAUUCUGGUGACGCAGCAGUGCAUCCUUUACUGACAGGAACAGGGACUCCAUCUGGUGGCUGCAGUUCGAGGAAGCGGUCCCGAGCACAGACCAUCAGACUUGCUCCUGGACUUCCAUCACUUAAUCUUCCUCCUCACGUAAGGGUGAUAUCUCGGUCAAGUAUGCAUUCGGAUGCACAACCGGGAAAUUCUCGAGCAGGCCAACAUACAAACAGUAUUCAUCCCCUUCUACUUCAGCCGACCGAGAAGCAGUUACCAGCUGCCAUCAGGCCUUUUCCAAGCUACCCCCAAACGGCUUUCCAUCCUUUUUUUGGAGCAAAGUCGUCUGGAUCAUCAGAAAGCGGAAGUGCGUCUCAGGCGAUUAACGUUCAUCCUCUUCUACGACAACCUCACGUACCACCAAGGGCCAGAGAUAAAAGUGGUGAGAUUCUCAACAACGAUCUCGGCCAGGGAAAACAGUCGGGUGCUAGGAUGGAGAAGGUUGACAGCUGCUUGGAUAAGGAGAACAGCAAAGACAUUUUCAUGAACCAGGAAGAACUUAGCGACUCGAAAGACGAGACUGAGGACUGCCGGGUGCAAUUUGAAUGCGAGGAAAUGGGCGAUUCGGACAAAGAGUGCUCCGAAGCUGUGGAAGAAAAGCAGAAAGAAGAGAUCGAGUUUGAGGUGGAAGAUAUUGACAGUGAAUCUGAAAGCAUGAGCGAACCAGCUCGAGCGAAAGAAUCGUCGUCUUCUGCUGCUACGAAUGUGGUGCAUGAGGCCGCAGUUCCGAAACUUCAUUUCUUAAGGCAAUUUGGCAAAGACAAUGAGAUCGACACGACUGCUAUGGAGGCGGCACAUGUUUUAGCGGUGAUCCACCAAAAUGCUCCCGAAUUCAGGAAACCUUUUUGACGAGUAAGACGCGUCGACAGCUGUACGUGUGCUCGGCAUUAAGGUACUUCUCGCUUAUGUACGACAUUUUUUUUAGAAUGUAUAUAUAGCUACUGAGCUCGA